AUGUUAUCUGAUGAGCGACCGAUAUCAACUAGUGGCAUCUCUUGGGAGACAUCUGUCAACAGGCCAUUUACUCAUGCAAGUACUUUAUUGACGAUUGCAAUCACCGGAUCUAUUGACAAGCAACAACAGGAGUACAACACUCCACAGUCUAAACUAUCGUCUAAAUCAUCAUUAAUACGGCAUCGGCCUGCCAAUGUACCAGACAACGUGGCUAACGACGAGGACGACGAUGAAGAUAUCGAGGCACGAGUAUUAGCUCCUGCUAGAGCCAUGCAUGAAAAUGUAUGGAGAGAACUGGUUCAAGAAGAAGCUGCCUCUUUAAGGGACUUUGAACUGCUGGAAGCUCAAAUCAUGAAGGAUCAUGAUGAAGACGAUCCAAGAGAUCAGGUGUUGAUGGAUGUUGAUUUAGAUGUACCGGAAGAUAUUCAAGAAGGUGCCGAGGAUGAUGAAGAAGAACAUGCUCGAGCUUACAACUCGAUUCUAUAUUCAGAGACAGACCAUGGCUCUCCAGAUGAAUCUCUUAAAUCCUUUUCAGAGAACGAUGAGGAUACUGGCAUGCUCGAGGAUCAUGUCGAUGCUACGGUGCAAGCACAGUCAGCUCCAUCUGCUCCAUCAAAACUAUUGUUUAGUCUUUUUCCAAGCCUAAAGCCUGUGGUGGAAGCUGUUAAACCUGUCGAGUCUGCUGGUCUGAUCAAGCGUUUUAUGCACACUGUAGUUCCAGCACCAGCAUCAGCUGUUGAACGAGCUACAAGACCUGAAGAAGCUGUUUCAAAGGAGACCAAGCGCUCAGUGUCAAAAGAGAAGGAUGUUCGACAGGUCGAGUUCUUGAUGAGAAAACUCAAGCUAGAACAGGAUGCUUUUGACGAAUACAAGCAUCAGGAGAUGGAAAAGAUUCGAGUGACUCGCGUCCAAGAGUUGAAGAAUCUUAGAAGAGAGAAAAUAGCAUGGGAUCAACAACGAAAAGUCGCUGACCUCGUACCAACCAAAAGAGAACGACAAGAGUUGGAAUCCCUCAAAAAGAAGAUUGACGACAUGUCUAAUAUUGCCAAGCAACGAGAGUCAAGGUUGCAGCUGACAAUAGACAGACUUAAACGACAAGUCGAUACUCUGACGAAACGUAAUAUGGAGUUACAAGACGAAGUACGAGUACUUGAGCAUGAUCGAGUAGCUCAUGUAGUUCUACAAAAGGAGACGACUCUGCCACUUGUCAUAAAACAUACUCAGUCGUCAUUAGAUAUACCUACGGCUGGAUUGGGUGGGCUAGCAGGUGCAAGUACUAGUACUUCCUCACUAGUCAAAGUGCAUCAACGUCAUUCUGGUUCAUCAGAUACGGGUCUGAAACCCACAGCAGCAGUAGUGCAACAGCAGCAUCUUAAACCCAAACAGUCUGCUAUACCGGUAGCAGUGACACCAAUAACAGCAGUAUCAGGAGAGCCAGACUCGACUCUAGUAGCUUUAGCUGAAAAGCUGGGAGUAACAGGUACCUACAAGGACAUACCAGUUGGUGAAAGCAAACUGGAACGAGUGUUUGAUAAUGGUGUCAAACUUGUAUGGUAUCGUAAUGGAACUACCAAGGAGAUGUAUCCUGACGGAAAUAUUGUGGUUCGGUUUGUGAAUGGUGAUUACAAACGAGUCACAUCCAAUAAGCACACUGUCUAUUGGUAUGCUGAACCCAGAACUCUGCAUACUACACAUCCAGAUGGCUUGCAAAUCUACGAAUUUGCUAAUGGACAAGUAGAGAAGCAUUAUCCAGAUAGCCGGGAGAUUCACUUUCCGGAUGGCACUAAAAAGUAUAUUUUUGCCGAUGGUGAUGAAGAGUGUGUAUUCCCUGAUGGGUCAUACGCCAGGAGGCACGCAACUAAGGCAACUUAA